UCUGCAGUCGCUCGCAGGACAUCGUCGCGUUCGGACAUGUUCGCCUAAGAAGCUCGCGUCUGGAGUUGGCACUCUCUUCUCAACACUCACACACACACAUACCACACACUCUCUCUCCCUCUCUCGCUGAGCUGUGGCGCUCUCUUCUGCCGCCGCUCGCAAGCUUUCGUCUCGCUUGCAACGCGUUCGCUCGUGUUCGUUCGCGCUCGCCAGUGUGGGCUGUGCGGCGUGCUUCAGCGUGUGCCUGCCUGUGUGUGUGCUUUGUCGCACUCUGGUUGUUGUUGCCCGCUGGACAAAAGCUGCCGCGCUGCUGCAGCGAAGUCGCCGAGAGCAGAGGCAGCGAAGACGCGCUCGCCGCUAAAACCUCGCAAGUAGUCGCGUACUUCCGCCGUUACCGUUAGCACCACACACAAAACGGAGCUGCUAACCGCUAGACUACAUUACGCCGCCAAAACAUACAAAACAAAAAACAAAAAUAAAACAUCGCUUUUUGCCGAUUUACCGUUAGCCGUCGCGGUCAUCGAUAAUACAACUAACUUGGCAACAAAAACAAAUCAUAAUACAAAUAAAAAAAACCAAAACAUAUUUUGGUAUAUACUUAAUAAAAUCAAAAGUAUACCUAUACACACUUUGUGCAAUUUUUUUCAAGUGUCUCCGGCGUGUGUUAUCAACAAAAAAAAAAUACAAAAUCCAAUUGGUUAAACAUACAGCCUGCGAAAACCCAAUUGGUUUUCCCUUCUUUUCUAUACAAAUGAAACCGCGUGCGUUUGUGACAACAACAACAAAACUGCCAAACAAACAAAAAAGCCUUUAAGGAAGAAAUUAAAAGAGUCCCCGUGCUUAAGGUUCCUAUGCUACAAUUCAAAUCAAAGAUCACAAGAGUCUUAAAAGAAAUAAAAACCAAGUGACAAGUGUACGAAGAAUACGUUUUUUUUUUUUGGAAAAUGGCAGCCCUAGAAAAGCCCCGAAAAACCAAGCUGAAGCUGUCUGAUUAGGAUACUAAAAGCUAGAGAUUCCAAUUGGUGAAUGUGUGAUUUUUUUUUGAAACCAAAAAAACGAGGUUUGUGCAAUAUAAAUAACUACAGAGGAGUAGGCCUAGGAAGAAAAGAAACAAUAACUAGAAAAACUUUAGAAACGUAUGCCAAUUGGAAGUUGGCAUCCCAGUUGGAAUUGGGAGAUCGGCAGGACAUUGCCCUUCGCUGGGUUUGUGUGCCUGUGUCUGCGAAGUUUUGAAACACCUUCGGAAACUGGAAACAAAAAUGAGAAUUAAAAUGCCCGCGGUUCGAAUUGCACAAGAUUCCGACUCCACAGAGAACGAUGCCGUGGCCACACAGGACAUCCUCACGUGCGGCGCCUGCCAGAAGGCGUUCGCCCUCUCGGACAUUGUCAAGUUCAUCCAGCACAAGGUGCUGCAGUGCAACAAGGAGAACUAUGGCCAGUGCGCCACCCAGAAUCCGCAGAUGGAUCGCGACGCGGAGGAAGGUCGCCCGCUCAGCCUUGUCAACCGCCGCCCCUCGAUCUCCGCCCCCAUAUCCGGCCGCAAAUCCGCUCCAGCGUCGGCGGCAGCAGCAGUUGCAGCGGCAGCAGCGGCGGCAGCUGCGGCGGCGGCGGCCAGCAGUACGGCCAGCGGAUCUAGGAUACACACACCACCACCGAGUCCGGCGGACCUUUUGGCCGACGGAGCCAGCAGCACACCCAAACGCUUAGUAGACGAGAACGACAAUACCACGCCCAAGGACAGCGAGACGGGCGCCACCACCCUCGAUUCGAAUGCCGCCCCCUCCAGUCCAGCGGCCAUUGAGCGCCAAUCCUCCGGCGACAGCAGCUGCGAAAUGGAUGAGCAGCAGGAUCGGCAGGAUAAGCAGCCGCAACAGAAGCAGGCGAAGGUCAAGCAGGAACCCUACGAUGAGGAGGGCGUCAACCAUCAUCAAAAUCAGGAUGAUGAUGACGAUGAGGAGAUGGAGGAGCGCUCCCUGGCCAAGCGGCCCAAAAUGGAGCUGGUCGAUGCCGAGGCCAACACAGUCCACACAGAACCCAGCAACUAUACGUGCUCCACGUGCAAAACCCGCUACACCUCCGCCUGGCGUCUCAUCCAGCACGUCCAGCACUCGCACGGCGUCAAGAUCUACGUGGAGAGUCCCGGAGGAGGAGCCACAUUGACGGUGGCCACGCCCGCCGCCCUCAACAACAGUGCUCUGGCCUUGGCCGCCGCCGCUGCAGCAGCAUCCGCUUCCGGUCUGGCGAGUCCACAGCCAGCGGUCAGUCCCAAUCCCGCAGUUACAUCGGCGGCCAAGAGGAGCAGUCCGCUGGGAGCAGCAGGAUCGGCCAUUCUGUCCACCUCGGUUAGCUCCACCUGCUCCAAUUCGCUGGUGAACACCAGCGGUGGCAGCAUUAGCAACACCAGCAGCAUUGGCUCUCCGCAACAGCAGCAAUUGCAGCUGCAGCAGCAGCAGGCACAGCAGCAACAGCAGCGCGUGCAGCAGCAACAGAGGGAAAAUCUUGCUUCGGCCAUGGCCGCUGGCAUGCGUCAUCAUCCACUGCUGCCGCCGCCAGAGGCUAUGCACGCCAAUCCCUUCCAGCUGCUGCGCAUGCCACUGCCACCAGCUUUGGCCCAGGCCGGAAAUGUAGUUCCUACGGUGGCGCCGCUCUUUGGACGCCCCUCGCCCGCCGAUCACUACCGCAUGGAGCAGUUGGUAAGCGAGCAGUUCCGCCACCAUGGCUUCAACCUGGCCGCCGCCGCUGCCGCCGCUCAGGCGCAGUUCAAUGCCAAUGGUCAGGUGGUGGGUGGCGUGGUCUCCGGAUCGGGUGAGCCACGUCCUCCGUCGUCGAGCAGCAGUGGCAGCCAGAGGGGAUCGGUGCCCCCGGCUGCCCUGCCACCACCAUCCCUGAGCUCCCAGCAGCAGCAGCAACAGCAGCAGGCGGUGCAGCAGCAGCAACAACAAGGCGCCCAGCAGCAACUGCAGUCCGCACAGCAGCAACAGCAGUCCCAGCAGCAAUCCCAACAGCAACAGCAGAUCACACCCGGUCUGGUGGGUGGAGCUGGUGGCUCCCUGAAAUUGGAACCCCAGCAGAUGGAUUUUUACUCGCAGCGAUUGCGUCAGCUUGCGGGCACAACAAGCCCUGGAGCUGGCAGCACUGUUAACUCGAGCUCGCCGAGUCCUCGACAGAAGCAAUCGCCGCAUUUCGCGAGCCCUUCGCCCUCGCAGCAACAGCAACUGGCCACAAUCCCGCGACCCCAUUCUCUCACUCCUCCCGAGAAGAUGGGCGAUGCCAGCUCUGAAAAUGGCAGCUUGGGACUAAUCUUGGCCAGCACCCCGCGUUCCGCGAGCACGCCACCCUCGAAAACGGGAGAUGUGUCCUUGCAGGAACCACUUGCCCACUGCUACUCCUGCAGCUACUGCGACAAAAAGUUCCGCUUCGAGAACAAUCUGAUCAUCCACCAGAGGACCCACACCGGGGAGAAGCCGUACAAGUGCACUGCCUGCGACUUUGAGUGCUCCCACAUCCAGAAGCUGAUGAAGCACAUGCGGGUGCACCGCAGUCCGGCGGAUGAUCAGGACAACCAGGAUAACCAUGACGAUGGCAGCAAUGCCGAUUCGCUGGAAACGAAUGAGGCCGACAACGACGAGGAUCCCAAUCCCGACGAGUCGGAAGAAGAGUUGGGCGACGGGGAUAACGAUCCCGAUGGCGAUGGUGACCUCGAUGGCGAGGAUGAAGACGAGGAUGAGCUGGAAGAGUGCGAGGACAUGGACUACAAGGCAGAGGACCUCAGUGUUAGCAAUCGUAUCGAUGGCAAGAGCCAGAGUCCCAAGACGACGAGUUCAGGAGCCACUUCGCUGGUUGGCGAAUUGAUGGACAAGUUCGGUCUGUCCAACAUUGCCCAGUACAGUGAGGCCUACAAGCAGGCGCUCCAGGAGUCGGGACGCAAGGAGGCAGCCGCCGCCGCUGCAGCAGCUGCUGCAGCAGCAGACAACAACAAUCGCGGCGGAUCGGGUGCUCCGUUGAGCGACAAGCUGAAUGGUCUGCCUGUGGCCGCUCUGCGUCUGCGGGAUGAGUUCGCCAAGAACUGCAACAUGUUCCAGCAGCCGCAGGAUGGCGGUGCUCCCUCCCAAGUACCGCUCUUCAAUCCCUUCCCCAAUCCCUUCGAGCUGAGCAAGCGGAUGAAGAUGGACGGCGGAGAUUGGUGGGGCAUGUCGCAGGCUCUCCACCGGAAUGAGGCUCUGUUCGAAAACCUGAAGCUAAAGCCUCUGGGCCUGGGUGGAGCCAACUCGCUGAUCCAGGGUCCUCUGCUCAAGAAGGAGAGUCGCCAGCGCAACGACACUUGCGAGUUCUGCGGAAAGGUGUUCAAGAACUGCUCGAAUCUGACGGUGCACCGCAGAAGUCACACCGGCGAGAAGCCGUACAAGUGCGAACUCUGCUCCUACGCCUGCGCCCAGAGCUCCAAGCUGACGCGCCACAUGAAGACCCACGGACGGACCGGCAAGGAUGUGUACCGCUGCCGCUUCUGCGACAUGCCCUUCAGCGUGCCCUCGACGCUGGAGAAGCACAUGCGCAAGUGCGUUGUGAACCAGGGCAAGGCGGCGGCGGCUGCAAAUGCGGUGGCCGCCGCCCAGGCGGCACAGGCUGCAGCGCAGCACAUCCAGGCCGCUGCCCAGCAGGCCCAGGCGGUACAAGCUCAGGCGGUACAGGCUCAGGCGGCGCAGCAGUCGCAACAGCAGCAGCAACAACUGUCGCCCAUGGGCGUCGUUGGCUAUCCGCCGCAGUUCGUCAGCGGUCACAAUCUCUCACUGCCGGGCAGCGUGAGCGGCGACAAUGACUCGAAUGCCUCCUCCAGCUUGACCGGCGUCCAUCCCAUAUCGCUCAAGGAGGAGGCAUGACUUUUCAGUGGUUUUCCCGUGCCACUGGCACCACCACCGCCACUGCAACAGCAUCAGCCGCAUCUGCAGCAGCCGCAGCAGCAACAGACCAGUCGCAGUCGCAUCAUGUCGCGCAUCUUCUAAAGGUGUUAAAACGAUUUAGAAAGCAAAAAAUAUACCAAGCCCCCUGUAAAUAUGACUUUUUUGAAAAAAGCCCCCAUCCAGCUCCUUCCAGGCGACGAAAAAAAAACGACCAGAGGCAUUUAAUACCAAAGCAAUAACCGUUAUGUAAUAUAAUUUUAAAGAUUCGAACCUUUUUUUUACGAAAACAAAACCACACCACAUUUUUUUCCACCAUUUUUUUUUCGUGCUUGUAAUUUAUAUAUAUAAAUAUACGUAAAUGUAAUAAUAUAAUCAAUUAGUGAGUACUUGUGUGGACACACAUUUUCCAGUGUAUUUUCUAGGACUAAGUAAGAAAAAGAGAAAGGAUUUGUAUAAAAUGAAAAAGAAACCUACUAAAUCUAAACGUAAAAAAAAUAUGCAAAAAUUCUGCUCCCAGUGAGCCACAAAAAUAAGCAAAAUUAUACUCUAAACUUAAAGGCAUUACUAUAUGAAUAUUACCGAUAUGGGCGAGUGAAUGAAUGAAUAUUUUUUUCAUCGAUGUAAAUUUUUUAGUAAAUCUAGACCCCUAGCACUAAAGACGAACACUUGUAAAAAUCCUAAAUCUAAUUCUAAUCAUGAUUAUCGUAUAUGUAUUCGUUUUAUUUGAGUUCCCCUUGAUUUUAUUUCCUUUCCUCUCCUUCCCUAUUUUUUUUGCCUAGACAUAAUUCUAUUAUUAAAUGUAAUUUAAAUGAAAAAACGAAAAAUAAUCAAAUUUUUUUACAUACAUAAAUAAAUAUAAAUGUAAAACACAAAUUUUUUUUAAACAAUUUUAGUCUAAGCUGACAAGGAGAAUCAUGCAUAAAUUUUGAAGCAGCAGCAAAUUGAAAAAAAGAUGAAGAUGCAAAUUUGUACGUAAAACUUCAAGUGAAUUAUAAGAAAUAGAAGAAAGCAAUUAACGAGAAAAUACCGAAACAACAACAAACAAACAAAACGACAACAACUAGAUUUAGAAGACUGAAGAACUGAGAACGAAAAUUGUUUUCUUGCUAACAAAAAAAAAAAGACAGAAAUAAAGUAAAAGACGAAAGAGAGCUGGAAAACGGACAAUGAAAAGGCGGAAAAAAAGGACACAAUAAAGUGCAUUUUUUUUAUAAAUUGUUUUUUGCUGUUGAUUUUCGUUAUUUGAUUGAAACUAAAAAAGAUUGAGAUCCAAAAUUUUGAUUAAUAUUUAAUUGUUUGUUUUUGUAGUAAAAAUACAUUUUUGUGAGCAAAAUUCAAAGGCGCAACAUUAGUUUAAACCUUGUUUUGUUUCGAGUCCCCUAAAAUCCCACCUGGAAAUCCCCCUACUAAAGCAGUUAUAUUUUCCCAAAUUGCCUUAAUACCGGCGAUUUCCACAGUUUCUAUCGACGAAGUUUACCGUGCAUAAUUUAUCGAAUUCGACAUGUACUAAAUUUAAGAAUGAGGUUUUAAUGCAUUGUGUUUAACAUAUAUAGAACAUAUAUAUAAAGCGAAAACUGAAUAAACAAAAAUCCAUGAAAAUUAAAAAAAAACACACGAGUUAUGAUUUAUUUGGCAACAUUUUUGGUUUCAAUACUGAUUUCUUCCAAGAAAAGCAGAGCAUAGGCGAACGGAAACCGAAACGAAACGAAGCAAACUAAAACUAUCAUUAAAUCUUAGAAAAUUAAUUGUAGCUAUAAAAAAGAAACCUUUAUACUAAAAAAAUUAAACCAGGACAUUGUCUCAUUUGGCCGAGAGCAAUAGCAAGGAGCGAAUUAAAGGAAAAACAAAAA